AUGGCAGCGGUGCAAAUUUUGCCUGCGUCGAGAAGCGAGUUGGACAGGUUCCUGGAAGGAGGAACACUGAGCAGCAAAUUUCAUGAGCUGUUCGAUAUUGAUAUCGAUGAGACAUCCGUUUCAAAGAAGAAAAAUGAAAAGAAAAAGUUAAAAAAGAAAGUGAAGACUAAAGGAAAAGAGAAAAAACAAAAGCGAGACAAAAGUCCAGAGAGUACAGAAACCCAGGUGCCUAAUUUGGAUGUGAGUCUAAACCCAUCUAUAUUCAACGUGUACUCCACUGUCCGCCAGGCAGUCCUUGAGCGAUGUAUGAAAGAGGCCAGUCAGAUCUAUCACCAAAGUGUCACUGCUCAGUCAGACUCAGACAGUGAUGAUACUGGUGAUGAAAAAGGCAAAGAAGCAACAAUAAAACUACCAAAGAUUGUGACCUUUGGACUGAGUGGUCUAUUUGAGCUAGUACGAGAGACUCGCACUAAGUACCCAGAACUAUGUGUUCGGGCCCUACAGGCCUUGCUGAACCUCCUACAGGGGCAGCAGCCAGAGAGCAUGAAGCUGGAGCCACCAGAUAUUGUAGAUGGACUAUUCCAGCUCCUGAUGGAGGUUGCCAUGGUAGGUGGAACAGACAUGAGUCUGUCUUCUCUAGCCUGCUCCUCUCUCAUCUCACUUACUGUUGCCCUAGGAGAUACUGGCAAACUCCUAACAGCCAUCUCAUCCAUGUUGAUGAGUCCAGCACCACUUGCUAUGCAGAAUGUCAAGGUGCCAGGGGUACUAACAUCUCUACAGAAGAGUGUACAGGCUGUGUUACUGGGAAAGACCCAGCUUCCUGACUGGUUCAAUCAGGGGGUCAAGUCUGGUGGUCUGAUUGAUACAUUUACCCUAGAGAUACUUCAUACAAAUGAUAAAAAGGGUGGAAUGGAUUGUGCUGUCGCUUCUGACGGCAAAUAUUUAUACAUACUAGACAGCAAAAAUGGAAUAGCAAAAAUUGGAACAGGAUAUGGAGACACAACAAAGGGACACAUUUAUCUCCAGAGAGAAUUUACAGUAUCUACAUCAUCUGUGUGGCUUGCUUGUGCUGGAGACCAGUUGUUCUGUCGAUCAGAUGAGAAUGCCCAACCUUGUCUUUGUACCAUUAAUAAGGAAGACUUGUCAGUAAUCAACUCCUGUAAACUGGACGGUAAGGGCCCUGGACCCAGUGCUUUGUUCAGUGACGGAGAAAACAUUGGGCAGAUUGCUGCAGCUAAAGACCAAGACAGCUUUGUGGUACGGUUGUAUAACCCAAACGUCAGUCCCAUGACUGUGGCUGGAGAACUUCCCCUCAAACUCACCCGCAAGUGUAUGGAUGUGUUUGGAACGGCCUCCUAUGACCAGACCGUAGAGAGACACUCAAUCAAUACUGCUUACGAUGAAGACUCUGUUGCAAUAACUGGAGCUAAAGACUUUGUGCUGAUAAGAACUGUUGGUGGAAAGGUCUUAUACAGUGGAAAGUCCCAGUCUCUAGGUAUCAAACAAGGAGCACCUGCUCAGGGGAAGUGGGCAGAGCUACCUAUCACUAAGUCACCCAAGAUAGUGCAGGUUGCCACGGGACAUGAGGGCCAACAUGCCCUGAUGGUGUCAGAUGAUGGUAGUCUGUUCUUUGUAGGGACGCCGCGACGAGGAGAAGAUGGGGAUACUAGCAUGUCCAAAGGAAGACGUCAACCAAAAGCUGUAAAACCAAAGAAGCUGGUUCGAUUUGAAUCUAAGACUGUAGUACAGGCUGCAUGUAACAAUGGCAGCAGUGCAUUUGUCACUAAGGAAGGUGAUGUGUUCAUGUUUGGGAAGGAUUCUUCUUACUGUGACCAUGCCAGUGGUCAUGUGACAGACCUGAAGGAUGUGGUGGUGACAAACAUCUGUCUGGGGAAGGCCCACGCCAUUGUUCUCACCAACAAAGGCUUCAUUUACAGCUUUGGUAUCAACAACAAGGGUCAGUGUGGUCGCGACUUCCAACCAGGUGGCUCUAAGGAAGCCAGUAACAAUGUGACAAUGACAGAAGAAGAGGAGGAGACUGAACAGGAGGAGGCCAUUUGUGGUGCAGGGCGUCACAAAUGGAAAACAGACUUGUGUAUGGUGUGUUCUGUGUGUGGUGAAUGUACAGGGUAUGGAAUUGCUUGUGUUCAUUCUGUACAGGGAGGCAGAAACCCUGGCAUGCCAUGUGGCUGUGGGUCUGGAGACUCUGGCUGUAGUGACUGUGGUAUCUGUAAGAUGUGUGCUGCUGAACAGAGCAUGGAUGAGGCCCAACAACUUGCUCACGUUCUCACUAAGAAUAAAGACUUUGCUCAGUUUGACCUUCUGGUUGGAGGAAAAGGUGGUCGUAACCAUGGUACCCCACUAGAACAGUUCUUUAAACGUCUGCUAGAGCGACCUGCCAGACAACACCAUCGAUCUGGAUCUAAAUCAGGAAAUAAUAAACAGAAAGGAAAAUCACAACCUGAAGUUGGAAGUGAUCAGGAGACAGAGUAUAACAAAGUGGUCAGUCUACCGCCUCUAGAGGUGACUGUAGGGGAUGGAGACAUACCGGUCACUCAGAUAUCCUGUGGUCAACACCAUACAGUCAUAUUGUUACAGUCUGGGGAGGUGUAUGCCUUUGGUAGUAAUCAGUACGGCCAGCUUGGUCAGGGCGAUCUCUCUGUCAGAGGCGUGCCUACAAAAGUCCACCUUCCUCAAACUGCAACUCAGGUUGCUACGGGAGCUCAUCACUCUGUUGUCUUACUCUCCAACGGUCAAGUUUACACCUUUGGAAAUUUCCAGAAAGGUGCACUUGGUAGAGCAGGUCCUGACGAGGCGGGUGCCAAGACAAAGAAAGGACUUUGGUAUGGCCUCCCUGGACCAGUUCCUGGCAUUGGUGCCAGAUAUGGUCGCCGUGCAACAUGGAUACAUGCAAGUGGAGAUCAGACCUUCAUGAGAAUUGAUGAGUCACUCAUCAAUGCCCAUAUCCUAGCCUCCUCCAAGGUCUUUGCCAAUACUUCUUGUAUUGGUUUGAUUCCUAUGGGAGAGGAGAAUGCUGGAAUCAUGAAGUGUCUGAUGAUCAGCAAGACUGAUGGCAGCUGUCGAAGCCUUGGCGGUCAGGACCAGGUGGAUCUGUCUCAGGAUUCUGUGUGUUUAGAUCCAGUGUACGACGUUCUGUGGAGCUACUCAACAACCAAACAUGAGGUAGCCUGUUACAAUGUCAUGGCAUCCGAGGCACGACCACUCAAGUCUCGAGUCAAGAUGGCCAACAUCCAUGAUUUGUUCAAACCUGAAAUUUCUGUCCCUGUAAGGAUAGGUUGCCAAGCAACUCGUUCACACUGUGCACUUCAUUUGCUGGGCUGCCUGGACACACUUACCUCAGCCCAGCUGUCCAAUCUGACUGUGAUGGAGGAGACCAAAGAGAAGAUGACUGCCUCCAAGGUCUACAGCAAGGAGGACUUUUCAGUGGUCAACAGGUUUGAAAGCCAUGGAGGAGGAUGGGGCUAUUCUGGUCACUCUGUGGAAGCUGUUCGCUUCAUGGUGGACACCGACAUAAUACUUGGCGGAUAUGGACUAUUUGGUGGUCGUGGAGAGUACUAUGGCCGCAUCAAGCUGUUUGAGUUGGGCCCAGAGGGAGGAGAGAAUGAGGCACAGGAUGGGGAGCUUCUGGCUGAGACUGAAGAGAUGGCAUUUGAAUGUGGAGCUAGGGAGAAGUUUGCCAUGGUGUUUGAGGAGCCUGUGACUCUCCAAGCCAACAGCUGGUAUGUGGCGUGGGCAAGGAUCUCUGGGCCUAGCAGUGACUGUGGAUCCACCGGCCAGUCUGUCGUCACCACAGAGGACCAAGUUGUAUUCAAGUUUAGAAGUUCACGGAAAUCCAACAAUGGUACAGACGUUAAUGCAGGCCAAAUUCCCCAGUUACUGUACAGACUGCCCUCAAGAGAUAGUCCUGGAGCAGUAAGGAAGGUGGAUCACACAGAGCCUGCCCAUGUCCUCAGUCAAGACUUUGCCUGUUCUGUCACACCAGAAAACUUUGAGGCAUUACUAAAGCUACUACAAUGGAGUUGGAAUACCUUCCACUCUUCAUUAGCAGAAAUGGAUGGACUAAGGGGAGAUAACUACAUGGCAGCCCUGUCAGACUUGCGGCGGGUGGUAUACAUUUGUAAGGCAAGCCUCUGUCUCCUGCGUAUCUAUGUGACACAGAUCUACCCUGAUGGAAACAAGCUUCGUAAAGCUAUGCCAGAAUCUACCAAACUAGCCCACUGUGUAGGUGACACACAAGACCUACUGAGAAGGAUCCUGGCCGAGGAGGUGCGCCCCACAAAGGUACACAUGUACCUAUCAGAGCCACCAGGGAAGGUGUUCGAGGAACUGGAGGAGGAGAUACUACUAGAGUGUCACAAGACAUUCCGUGCCUGUUUCCAUGCUUUCUACCCCACUGGUAACCUCAAGUGGCUUUGUCUGUGCGAUCUCCUCAACCAGCUGGAACCGGACAUGAUGAAUGUUAAUGGUUAUGGCCGACUGCUCGCGGCUGUGAUGGAAGCUAUGUGUCACCCGACAAUCCGCCUCACCAAUAUCAUGCCUAUUAAUUGUGAACCACACACAGAGGAGAUACUUCGAAGACAAUCUGUCAUUAUGGAUGACAAUACCAACAGCAUGGCACGCUUGGGCGAGGUCCACAAAUUCCCUAUCCUUGUGGGUCAUAUGACCUACCGCAUUGAGAUGUCGGGUAUCGGUGGUAGUCAGGUGACCUUUAAGGAAAUACUUGACAAGCUACUGCUGAUUGUGAUGUUACCGGUGAGACAGGCCUUGAGCAGUGACAUGUCCCUCUAUCCUACCGUGCUGGUGGCCAACACAUGUUCCUUACUCUCUACUAUCGUCAGUGAACUCUCAGCUACAGCCACUGGGCUCGAGGUGGAUCUCGGAACAACUACACGUCCUCUGUUGAUGACCCCAAACAGGUUUACACGUACAAGCCAGAGUGCAUACUGGAACACGGGAAAUGGCAGUCCUGAUGCUAUCUCCUUUAGUGUGGACAAGCCAGGCAUUGUGAUUGCCGGUGUGUGUGUUUAUGGAGGGGAGGGUCGAUAUGAGUAUGAAUUGGAGCUACUUGAUGAUAGUGAUGGUCCAACAGACACCAACCAUGCUCAGAGAUGGCGCAGCAUAGAAUUUGUUAAGGGCACUUAUAGUCCAGAGGAUUGUGUCAAUGAUAUCGCUGAAAUCAAGUUUGACCGUCCUGUCUCAAUCAAGGAGGGGGUAAAAUAUACAAUCAGACUGCGUAACCAUGGUACCCGCACACUGAAUGGAGACAAUGGUAUAAACAAGGUGAAAUGCCCUGAUGGAACAAUCUUCAACUUUUCUGCUUGUUCACUUAGCAGCAACGGGACCAAUCACAUGCGAGGACAGAUACCUCAGAUCCUUUAUUACAGUGCUCCUCAGGAUGGAGAGUCUUAUCAACAGAACAGCAAGAGUCUGGUGGAACUCCAGGCCCGCAAGAAUGCCAUUGAUAUUGUAGCAGCUAUAUGUAGGACAACCACGGAUAUCCUACACAGAGCCAACAGUUUGCCUGUGGAAGAAUCUCUAUCCAUUCUGGGCAACUCUCAUCUCUUCUGUUCUCUGCUGCCACUUAUCCUAGCUUACAUAGGACCGGUAGCCUCCCAGGACCCAAGGGGAGCAGUACAAGUGCUAGGUAUGAUACAGGAGAUUCUGCCUGCACUAACUAGCAUCAACAGUAAAGUAUCACCACCCCAACCAUCCCCUGAGGGGGAGACCAAUGGGGGUACAACUUCACACCAUUACGCUGUGGUGGAGAGUGACCAUCCCUAUAAACCAGCCACUGUAGCUAACUACAAGGUUACAUUCCCAGAGUCUGUGAAGUGGAUGGUGUUGGAGUUUGACCCCCUCUGUGGUACGGCUCAGACAGAGGACACACUUCAGCUGUUGAUUCCCAGCAUCCUCAGCUCCCCUGGGAUCACCACAAGUGUUACCAAGGAAACAGAGGACCUACCCAGCAAACAGAAUUACAGUCCUCUCCGGAAGAAAUUCUCAGGGGGAGACAACUGGCCUAAGAAUGCAAUUAUUCUUCCUGGUAGUGAAGUAGUAUUUUCUCUAGAGACAGCAUCAGACUACAUCAAAGAUGAGAAAUCUUGUUUCUAUGGUUUCAAAUGCUGCAUUGUUGGAUAUGAGUGGAAUUCCAAACCCUCAGAGAACCUUCUCCAGCUAGAACAGGAGCUAGCCUACCUAGGUGGCAUGUGUGCUGGCUCUCUCAUCAAAAAGGAUAUUGGUCUACCUCCAGUAACGAUGGAGGAACUUGAUGAGGACAUGGAUUUUAUAGAUGAGAGCACACAGUUGGUCUUCAGUGCACACUCGUCACUACUUGAGAAGGGCUUUGCUCUGUCUCACCCUCCCACCAUCAUGCAGGCUCUGGAAGGUAACCUCCCCUUUUGUUGGCAAUCAAAUGAACGUUCCUUCCUCAAAGAUUUUGUGUCCUGUAGUCCUGGCACUAGCGGAGGACGAUUAGCCAGAUGGCUCCAGCCAGACUCUUACCUCGACCCUUCACAGUGUGAGAUUGUCUACACUAAAGAGGAGCUUAAAUGUAGCUGGCCAGCAGUCAUCACUGUACUUACAAAGGACCAAUACAGUCAUCUCGUCAAUGUCCCUGAACUUAGGGUUGAAGUGAAGGCUGUCCCGGUAGAUAUGGGAGCUCUUGGGGAGGAUGAGAAACGUAUGCGUAGACUGAGCCGACCAGAUGAGGGUAACAUGACAUUUGGAGGUCAUCCUCCUCCCUGUCUAGACACACCUUAUGAACCUACAGUCAAGGACAGGAAGGAUGUAUUCCAUGCCAUCUGUAUGAUGAAGGCGUACGAGAACUACUCAUUUGAGGAGCUUAGAUUUGCUGCUCCAGCUGUUCUGCGUCCAAGUGAAAACAUGCUGGUGAGAGCAAACAAUGAUGGGACAUUUAGUGCCAACUGGACACCAGGCAGCGUGGGUUUCUACAACAUACAUGUCACAAUUGACGGCUUUGAAGCAGGAGAAGUGGUCAAGGUAGAGGUAAAGGAGGCUCCUCAGGGGCUCACCCCACCAACCAAGAAUGAGAAAAAGCCACACCAGCAGAACCGGAUGCGUAGGUUUGUAGCCAAGAACAGUGCGGGUCUGAGGAUAAGAGUGAAUCCCUCCCUUCAGAGUGAACAGCUAGGGAUUAUACAGCCAGAGGGCAUCAUUUCCUUUGUGGACGAGGUUCACAAUGAUGAUGGUGUGUGGCUGCGACUGAGUCAGGAGUCGUUAAAUGAGUGGUGUAUUAGCGGGCAUGUGGAGGGUUGGUGCCUUCAAUACAAUCAGCACCUGGGUAAGACUCUCCUGGUACCACUAGAGGAACCCAAAUCUCUUAUGGAUGAGAUCAUCAAGGAGACGAUCCUUAAGAAGCUGCCUGAACUAGUCAGGGCUGAGUCUCAUAAACCUAAGAGAGGUCCAGGUGUUUAUCAGGUGUUGAAGUGUGGAUCAUUUGGCCAUAAUAUUCGUUGCCGCCCAAGUCUCAAGGCCACUCCAGUCGGCAUGCUGACCUUGGGAGACAGAAUCACUGCCCUUGAAGAUGUGACCAAUCAAGAUGGCCUAUGGGUGAAGAUUGACCCUGAGAGUGCAGAACAGUUCUGUCAACAGGAGGGGGAGACAUGGUCAUUAGUGGCAGGGAAGGAAGGAAUUGUUUAUCUCCAACAUGAGGCUGACAUACCCGAACUACCUCUCAAUGCUGAAAAGGACCCUUUCUCUUUCAACACUCUCAAUGCAGCUGUUGCCAAGGGUUUUGACUUUGGAGCCUCACCCCAGACUCCAUCUCAGUAUUCUGUGUUUGGUACCCCAGGAUCUGUGUUUGGAGGGGCACAUCCUUCCCCAGGUAACUUUGCCAGGAGUACCAGUUUACCAUCAAGUGCGUUUGCCUUUGGUAACCAGGGUGUGGGGCCAAAUGCGCCCUCAUUUGGCCAGUCACCUGCACCAUCAUUUGGCAUGAGCAAUGGCUACCACUCGGAAGGUGGGACAUCUAACACCAAAGAGCUGACCCGUGUCCACUCUCUUCCCUCAUCUAGCUUUACAAAGAAACGAUCAUCUCCAGUGUCCUUUUCUCCCCAGACUGUGUCACCAGCUCGGUUAGACUCACCAUCAUUAGCAGUCAUCACCAGUAAUAGAUCACCCGCCCCAGGCUCUCCUAAAUCUUCCAGGCGUGAUGGCAAUACUGUCCCCCCUGAACUGCAGGGUGUUUCUGUUAAAGAACUUGUCAAAGCUUUAGGGAUCAAUCACAAUGAAUCCAAGGGUGACUGGUCACGACACAGCCCAGAGUUAAAACAUAAAUCCUCACACAUAUAUCAGGACCUUAGGGGGUUUCCCUUUCAAAUCCGAGCUGUGAGCCCUCGACGUCUAGCAAUAGAUUUAAGUGAAAGUAGAGCUAAUGGAAAUGGUCCCACUCCUGUACCCUCACCACCAGGCACUCCUAAGAAAUGUGGCUCACGUAGCUCCAGUCCACAUUUAGCACCUGACAGAUCAGCUUCCCCCAAAACUGGCUCUCCAAACCGUAGCUUGAGCCCAAGAUUAGCCAAGGUGGAGAGCAAACCUUCCCGAGGUGUGUCAGAGUCAUCAUCUCAGGCCUCUCUCAAAGACGAGACCUUUAGCACUCCACCCGACAGUCCAAGCCUCGUUCGCCGUGCACAGCUCAAAAAGGAGGCAUCUUUUGACCGUGAUUCCCAGUCACCUCCAGGGUCACCGGCUGUUCGCCCAAAACAUCAGCCUUCAAGUUCCACUCCAAAUACUCAGAAAGAGGCAGGACUUGCAGGACUUCCUCCAGCAGUUCCUCGGAAAGGAAGUAUAGGUAGUCCGCACACAUCACCAGCCAGGAGUGGCAGGAGAGGGUCUGGCAGUCCCCGCCUACACUCCAGCCCAUCCAGAGCAUCACCUGUCAACAUUUCCCCAACCCCAGGGUCAGGUAACUCAGAUCGCUUAUUCAACAUCGGCUCAGCUUCCCCUAAGGAUGAAUCUCCAAGGAUGUCACCGAAACCAAGUCGGAAAGACAGAGGAAGACAAUUACGUUCUAAACGAGCAUCAUCUCCCUCAUCAAGGGACAUAACUCCUGUAGGAAGGGCACGGUCAUCAUCUGCAUCCUCGAUUCUGGACAAAGCUAAGGAACCUGUGAAGGAUGCUCUAUCCCCUUCUGUGGCUGAGUGCCUGCGCUCUGUAUUUGCUGCAUUCCUCUGGCACGAGGGUAUAGUACAUGACGCUAUGGCAUGUGCCUCUUUCCUGAAGUUCCAUCCGGACCUGCAGAAAGAAAUGUCUAAAUAUGCUAACCGCAAGAAACAGGAGAAGAUGCGAGUGCGGCAUGCAACAGAUUCCAGUAAAGAAUUCAACAGAAGGAAAGAGAACAUGAAUAUUAAUGAGGCAAGAGUAAGGUUUAAUCUAGAGCCACAGUUAGUAGGUAGUGACUCUGACAGGUCAGAUAAGUCAGAAAAGUUUGACUUGUUGGAGAAAACAUUAGAGGUAAAGAAGGGAAAAGAUGGUGUAUACAGGAAGGCUACUGGCGACCGUCACAAAUCUGAUAGUGUAUUGUAUGUUGCAGAGGAUGAGGAUAAAUCCUCACCGCUUCCUCCUACACUCCACCAUCUUGUUUACUUCUGGGAGGAGCUUUCCUCCACUGUCCUCAGGGUCAUCACACAGGAGCUCAUCUACCCCAGUCCGGCAGUCUUGCUCCGCAACAAGAAAAAUGAGAAGAAAGACAAGGAGAAAGAUAAGAAAAGCAAGAAGAAAAAAGAGAACAAAGUACCAUGGCGGGAGAAUGCAGUUGGAGAUGCCAUGGCAGGAGUGUUUGCUGGAGGAGGGCCUGAUAAAGGUGAAACGUCAUGUGAACUUUGUGGAUCAAUGUUCUCACACCCAGUCACAUUCCACAUGCGGCAGACACAUCCUGGAUGUGGAAGACAUGCAGGGGGUAAAGGUUACAACAGCAGUGGCAACUAUUGUGGAGGAUGGGCUGGAAACUGUGGGGAAGGGGGAUAUGGGGGAAGUAGCUGGUACCUCAUAUGUGAACGAUGUCGCGAGAAAUACCUCAAGGAGAAACGCCAACAGCAGAAAGACAAAGAGAAAGUGAAAAAAAUGAAAAAGAAAAAUAAUCAAUCCAGGCAGAGUGUUCUGACAACACUGGAACCUCAUACUGUGCUCAAGAACAAUGCAAUGUUUCUGAUGGACUUGGCUAGUGCCUCAGGGAUCACCAUCCCAAUACAGACACACAAAAAAUACCAUGGUGUGAACCGUUCGGAUCCCUUCCUUCCCAGCGUCUAUGAGGAGUAUGGAUCCGAGCUGAACCCCUUCCCCCCUGUGCCAUUUCAAUACCUCAUAUCUCAGAGUGCUCAGAACUCUGACUCUGCGUUUGCUGAUGACUUCUUCAUUGACAUGGAUGAGCGUGUGUUUGUAAGGUCAGGGUCACUUAGUGUUAACCAGAAGCAAUCCUUUCUUAGACCCAGACUACCGACAGAACCACGUCACAGUCCGCUGGCCAGAUCAGGGUCUUUGGGCCAGGAUAUACGACCGCCAUUGUCACAGAUGUCUCCUUCUAGUCCUAAGGAUUCAAGUAUGAAUGCCUCCAGUGAUUCUGAUAAGCCAGUGCCAAAGAGUGCAGGAACAAGUCCGGACUCGGAACUUGAACAAGUUCAUAAAAAGACAGCUUUCCAGCGAAGCAUUUCAGAGAUAGUGUCUGAUAGUGAUGAAGGGUUCAGCGGCAAUGACAGAAAUCGUCAAUAUGCAGGACGAAGGAGAAACAACAGCGGAGGUGUAGGGGACGGUGGAAUGUCGUUGAUCAAACAUCCAUCUGCAGCAAUGUCUAAACUGAUGACUACUGUGGAAAAGUCCAGCUCAUCACGAAUAGAAGGGGACCGGACACUCCAACGUCCGGUGAUGGCAUUCAUUGUCCAACGACAUGACCUGGAUGGACUACAACUAGCCAUGAAACAAGCCCUGAGGAAGGCCACUUGUCGGGUGUUUGCUAUGCAGGCCAUGAAUUGGUUGAUGCGGACAGUGUCACGGACGGUGUGUAUACACGACCUCCUUUGGUACCUUGUGACUUCUCUCACUCCUCCUAUAAGGGAGGAGGAGGAGGAAGAAGAAGAAGAUGAUAAAGAGAAAGAAAAGGAUAAAGAGAAGGAGAAGAAACCACCGAAAAAGGAGGUCCAGAACAAAAAGGACACAGAGGAGGCCCCACUAUGUGAACACCCUCUGGCAGACAUCAGGAUAGCGGGCAGUGCUGUAGACCCCCUCCCUGAGGUGUUCCACACCCUUCUUCAAACCAUAGCUGAUGUUAUGAUGCACCUCCCUUGGGGCUCCUCUGUUCAGCUGAUGGCUGUGCGAUGUUUCUGCCUGAGGUUCCAGCAGGCAGACCACCAGUUUUUACACGAAUGUCAUGUGUUUAGCAACAUCAGUCGCAUUCUCAGUAAAUCUGAUGAAGAGAAGGAGGAGAAUGAUGUUGGGGAGCCACCUCUGGUAAAGGAAGUGGUUAAGAAGCCGGCUUCUCAUCAGAUUUGGCAGCUGAAGGAUCUCACAGCAAAUGCAGAUAUCCAUGCCUCUAGCCGACAGGCAAUGAUAGCCAGUCUCACAGACAAUUCCACAGAGACAUUUUGGGAGAGUGGUGACGAGGAUAGGAACAAAAUGAAGACACUUACCGUCAAUUGUCACAACCGGUCACUACCUAGAGUUGUGUAUGUCCAUAUAGACAAUACACGGGACCUCGGGAGUAAAGUGAACUAUAUGGGAAUCAGUGCUGGCUGUAACACAGAAGAGCUGAAAAAACUACAGCAGAUGGAUAUUGAGACGCGUCAGAGUGGCUGGAUUAGCUGUCACAUCCCAGACAUGCAGUACCGCUGUUUCCAACUAGAGCUGAAGGGGCCAGACCACAGCCUCCGCGUUCGACAGAUCAAGGUCCUAGGAGACCUUGAAGGAGAGGAUACAAGUGUCCCAGCCAAGAAGUCUGCUCAGGAUCUCCAACAGGACAGUUGUGAGGGGGAGACCCUCAAGGUGUUUAGACUCCUUACCUCACAAGUGUUUGGUAAACUGGUCAAUGACAAGUUUGUGUGCGAGAAAGUUGAUCAUGGCGGGCUAGUCAGUGGCGAUAGUCUUGAUGGAGAUCACAAUCUCAAGGAACACAUGGUUGGCAUUCUGUUCAGCCGUAGUGGCAAACUCUCUCAUCUACAGAAACAGGUGUGUUCCCAUAUAGUACAGGGAAUACGUAAGGAGACAAGCAGAGUUAAAGAGGAAUGGGAAGUUUCACUUAACAACAACCAGCUGAUCCAUGAUACCAGUGACCAGGAUGCCUAUUGUUUUGAGCUAUUGUCUAUGGUGCUAGCCCUGAGUGGGUCUGGAGUAGGGAGGGCUUACCUUGCUCAGCAGUACCCACUUCUCCAGGAUCUCUUCAGUCUGCUACACACAGGCUCCCCAAGGGUCCAGAGACAGGUGAUAGCUGUACUGCGACGUGUCCUGCCAGAUGUCAAACCACAGACAUUGGCCAGUAUCCUGUCUGUGACCUCACUUCCUCCUGCCGAGUACAGUAUUGUUAACCUUGCCAGUCGUGAUGAGGGUGAUUCCUCAUUCCACCCAGAGAAGCCUAAUAUUCUUGAUGUUUUAUUGUCAUGUAUCAGUAAGGCUCUCACAGUACAAACCAAGGUGAAGAUCAGUGGACCCCAGAAGGGAAUCAGCAGUCUGUCUCUAUCUGAGUGUCUCGCCGACAAAAACUCAAAACGGGCGUCAGGUCCUCGUUGGUGGAUGAGGGGUAAGAUGUCAGCUGUCCUCGCCAAUAAUAUCAUCUCGCUGAUCCACGACAUGGGCAAAGGGCAGUUGUCUGAGACAUGGGCCACAGUGACAAAAGCAGCCAUAGCCGAGGCAAUCCUUAAUCUCACCAAACUAGACGAGGCACACAGAACUCCUGAAGCCUGUAUCAAAACUCCAACUCUUUGGCUAGCCCUGGCAUCUCUGUGUGUUUUGGACCAAGACCAUGUGGAGAGAUUGACCUCGGGUCAAUGGGUCAGCAGUCCCAAUGGUCAACAUGGACAACCUAGGCCUACCUGUGAUAACCAUGACGAUGGUGAGACCCAGGCCAUCAUUCUGUGUAAUGAAUGUGGCAACCUGUGUGCAGAGUGUGACCGCUUCUUACAUCUACCACGCAAAAAACGUACACACCAACGCCAGGUGUUUAAGGAAGAGGAGGAGGCCAUCAAGGUUGACCUUCAUGAGGGAUGUGGUCGAACAAAGCUUUUCUGGGUUAUGUCUUUGGCUGACUCCAAGACCCUGAAAGCCAUGGUAGAGUUUAGGGAGGGUCGUACCUCGUCGGGGGGUGCAGGUCCAGGAACAUGUCGGUUUUGUGGUACCAGUAACAAUACUGGGUUACUAGCCAUUGGUAAUGUUUGUGCUGAUGCCGAGUGUCAGGAACAUGCCCAGAAUGCCUGUACCAAAGUCCUGCCCUGUGGGCAUGCCUGUGGAGGCAUUAAGAAUGAGGAUCCCUGUCUGCCUUGUCUCCAUCGCUGUCGCUCUGACAACCAAGAGUCACUCAAACAGGAUGCUGAUGACAUGUGUAUGAUCUGCUUCACAGAGGCUCUUGCUGCAGCGCCAGCAAUCAAGUUAAAGUGUAACCACCUGUUCCAUCUGCACUGUACCAAGAACAUCCUGGAGAAGCGCUGGGUCGGACCACGAAUCACUUUCGGCUUCUCACUUUGUCCAAUUUGCAAGAGUACAAUAGAACAGCCAAUCUUGCGGGACCUUUUGAAGCCUAUACGAGAUCUGUACAGCGAUGUAAAGAGAAAAGCCAUGAUGAGACUCGAGUAUGAGGGGCUACAUAAGGCAGAGGCUAUUACGACCCCUGGAGCCCGCUUCUACCAGGAUCCAGCAGGAUUUGCGAUGGAAAGAUAUGCUUACUACGUCUGUUACAAGUGUAAUAAGGCCUACUAUGGGGGAGAGGCACGGUGUGAUGAACAGGCAGGUGUUGCUGAGGACUAUGACCCUCAGGAACUGGUGUGUGGGGGUUGCUCUGAUGUGUCCCGGGCCCAGAUGUGUCCUAAACAUGGAACAGACUUCCUGGAAUAUAAAUGUCGUUACUGCUGCUCUGUCGCCGUCUUCUUCUGCUUCGGGACAACUCACUUCUGUAAUAUUUGUCACGAUGAUUUCCAACGAGUCACUAAUCUUCCCAAGACAGAACUUCCUCACUGUCCAGCUGGUCCUCGAGGAAAACAGCUUGAAGGAGAGGAAUGCCCACUCCAUGUACAGCACCCACCCACAGGGGAGGAGUUUGCCCUGGGAUGUGGUGUCUGUAGAAAUGCUCAUACAUUUUAACUCAAAACAGAAAAAAAUUAUCAUGGACAUGAAUGUUUCCUACAAACAAAUGUGAUUAUUAAACGUAUUAUCUUCUGGGACAUCUUCAAGUUUUAGCUCCACUUUGAACAAGAGGUCCUGAGUUUUGUUGACAGGUCCUAUCAAUACAGUGAUAAUAAGCAUGUUCAUGCUGCUGCACUUAAAGUGCUUGUGUGUAAAAUCAUGUUUAACUUUGUUGUAUAUAGUAACACCAAUGAAAUGAUUUGUUAUCAUUACCAAAGAAACACAUUUAAUAUUGUUAUGAAGUCUGACUAGGUAAACACCUAAAUUUGGUUGUUGAUCAUUGUUGCAAUGGUAACUAAUGUUGUCAUAAUUUCUGAUGUAUUUGUGAUCAUUAGAUAUCAAUGUUAAACAGCCCGACACCUGUGUUACUGAUGAAAAUGGGAUAACUUUACUGAUCCCAAUUUUAAUUCGGAGUCUUUAAUGAAUUUUAACUUUCUCUUAUAUAUUAAAACAGAAAUAUGUAGGAAAAAUGGCUGAGACGGGCAAUGGUCUUCUUAUUUUCAGCUCACUCCAAAUCUAUCAGUUAUGAACAGUUACAGACAGGUGUGAAGGUUACACUGGUGAUCUAGAGCUUUAUUGUGAUAUGUAGUACCAACUAAAUUGUUUAUAAUAGAGUUUGAAUGACUAUUGUUACCAUACAGUAUCACCUGCAGGAUGUUUCUACAAGUUCCUCACUAAGAAACUUUAAUUAACAGCAAUUUGACCUUUGGUGAAUUUUAUCCUGAACUGCUGAUGUGCCGCCUCCUGGCUGUAACUUGCAUUUGGUACAUUACAAUCGAGUAACACACUUUGUUUCAGUUUCUCCAAACUAGCAUAAAGCUUUUUGUGCCACCCUGCCAUGUUAGUAUAAUCUCAUUAUGAAAUACCAGUUAAGGCAUUUAAUUCUACAGUGACAUCUAAGUCACCAUUAGUGAUGAAAGAUAGCAUUAUACUGGCCAAUCAUUACCUCUCUACUUGUUUGGUUGUCUAUAAGGUUUCAAUGCUUUGAGAAUAUUUUAAUCUUAUUUAAACAGGUAUUUUAUUUCACUGAAUUUCAUUUCUUUUAGGGGUCCAUAUGAUCUAACAUUUAAGUGAUACACAAGUGUCCAAAUAUUCCACAUAGCAAGCGAGACUCUGACAUUGUAACAGUUGGGAAAUGUGAUUAAAUCUCAACAGUCUAAAAUAACAGGUUUAGACAAUGAGGUUUUACAGAUAUUUCUUGUCAAUUCAUCCUUAGAUCAGGGUCUUUUUAAGAAUAUUUGAACAAAUGAUUUAAAUAGAAUGCGUUUUUCAUCUGAACAUCCCGAUUCUCCAUCACUAUAACUUGCUUGACAGAUCAAAUUAACCAAUAUUUAAAUCAAAUUUUAGCGCUUCAAAAAGCACUCUCAAGUUAAAGCUUUAAAAUUUGGAUGUAAAUCAUAGCUUGUACUUAUAAUACUGUAAGUUCAGGGGAGUUUGCUGCUGUUGUGCAACGGGAGAAAGUGACCUGUGGGUAGCUUUAUGUAAUGCAUUCCUCCCUCCAUCCGUGUUGGUAACUGUGAUAUAUAUUUGGCUUUUUAGGCCAAUAAAAUUUUAAGACA